AUGGCCGAUCAACACCCAAACACCAGCGAUCCCGACCUGGAGAAAGAGGCGAGACAGGAUGGCACACCCAAGCUGGAAUUGUUCUCAGUCUUCACCGUCAAUCAGAAAAGGGCCAUGGUGGCCACGGGCUCACUGGCGAGUUUCUUUUCCCCGCUGUCCUCGAGUAUCUACUUCCCCGCGCUGGACACCAUAGCGGGGGCGCUCAACGUUUCAACUUCGCACAUCGAUUUGACGGUCACAACCUACCUGAUUAUGCAGGGCGUGGCGCCGACGUUAAUCGCAGGAUUCUCAGACACCGCCGGGAGACGACCAGCGUACAUCAUCUGCUUCACCAUCUACCUCGCUGCCAACCUCGGCCUAGGACUACAAAACAACUACGGUGCUCUUCUUGGCUUGCGAUGUCUUCAGAGCGCGGGGAGCAGUGGCACCGUGGCGUUGGCAAAUGGGCUGGUGGGAGACCUGGUCACAUCGGCGGAACGUGGGAGUUACAUCGCAUACGCCUCUCUGGGGAGCAUGCUGGGUCCUUCUUUGUCCCCGAUCAUCGGUGGCUUGCUCAGCCAGUACCUGAAUUGGCAUUGGCUGUUCUGGUUUCUCCUCAUCUACUCUGGUGCCUUUUUCAUACCUUUGUUACUCUUCCUUCCGGAGACCUGCCGCAAGGUCGUCGCCGAUGGAUCUGUUCCUCCUCCCGUAUUGAACCAGUCUGUGAGCGACGUGAUCCGACAUCGAAACCGAAAGGCCAAAGGGAUUACCGUGGAGGAAAGCAAAAUAGCCGAGGUGCGCAAGAAUUAUGCUUUCCGGAUACCGUCGCCCAUGCCCACGCUGAGGGUGGUCGUCGACAUAGAAACCGGCAUCAUUCUUCUCGCAACCGGCCUGACGUUCGCUUGCUUCUAUGCGGUUAUGACAGGUGCCACCACCUCCUUCCAUAAUGUCUAUCAUCUAAACAACAUCGAGACCGGGUUGAUGUACAUCCCCAUCGGUGCGGGGGGGAUCGUAUCGGCGUUCACAACCGGCCGUCUGAUGGACUGGAACUAUCGUCGACACGCAGCCCGGGUUGGCAUGCCGGUCAUCCGGAACGUGCGACAGGACCUAACGAAUUUCAACAUCGAGAGGGUGCGGCUAGAAAUUGGUCUGCCUCUGUACUAUAUGUGUCUGGCGUCGAUGAUUGCCUACGGUUGGGUUCUCGGUCACAAGGUCAAUCUGGCAGCUCCAAUCAUUUUACUGUUUAUUUCCGGGUGGUGUCUUAACGGGACCUCACAAGUCCUGAGUGCAAUGAUGGUUGACCUGUGGCCGGGACGGUCGGCAGCGGCCACGGCAGCCAGCAAUCUAUUCCGAUGUGAACUCGGCGCUGCGGCUUCGGCGGCCAUCACACCCAUGAGUGAGGCCAUGGGACAGGGCUGGGCGUACACGACCUUGGGGUUGAUUUCAGUGGCUGUGUCGCCGAGCUUGUGGGUGGUAAUGACGAGGGGGAUCGAAUGGCGACAGAAACGACUGCAGAGGGAACAGGAGGAGAUGGCUCGGGGGGCUCAGGGACAUUAG